AUGAGAUUCUCAAUAUUGUUAAUAAUUAUAUUCAGUGGAGCUGUCACAAACGCAGCAUACUCUGGCGAUAUUACCGCCAUCAUCAUCAACGGUUCCAUAAUUGGGGGCCUCCAAUCCCCACCAUCAACUUGGACGCCAGCCAUCGUACAAGGAGCACAGUACCUCGCUGCACUUAAAUCCAACCACGGAUCCCUCGCUUUCCAGCAACUCGCCGUAUCUCACGCCGCACACAACACCCUCGCAAGGGUCUUCCAUGGAACACGAAACUAUGCUUCUACCGACAAGUCACUCAAAUCCAUCCUCUCCUUAAUUGGUCAUGAUCCGACUUCUGACGAAGAGGCUGCCAGAUUCGCGAUCUCAAGGAUGGCCGAUUACGGGAUUAAUUAUUUUGUCGAUUACGUUUACGGUCCUCUAAAUACAGGAGUUUAUCAGGCAACACCGGGAGGAAGUCCAUUACCCGAUACUCCACAAGCACAAUUUGUGAAACUCUUCGCUUCCGUCGGCGACGUAACCCAGUUUUCUCUCUCUCCGCCUCCAGAUCCCGCGAAGGCAGGUUACCAGGGCUACCUGCUCUAUGGGAAGGAUGAAGGAGAAGCAAACUCGACAGUCAGGAAGUCACAUGAUUCUGAUACUGCUUAUUUCUGGCGGGAAAGUAGUCCUACAAUGGCAGGAGCAGUAAUCGGCGAAACCCUCGCAACCAACGUCUUAGCUUCAACGAAAUUCUUCGCACAGCUCAAUUUCGCACUCGCAAAUGGAGGAAUAGUAGCAUGGCACGUCAAGUUUCAAAGCUUAAACUGGCGCCCAGUCACAACAAUCCAACGAACAGACAUCUGGCUUUCAGCUGGGUUGAAUGUUUCCGACCCAGCCUGGGCCCCUUUGUUGUCUCCAACACCUAGUCAUCCAGAUUACCCUUCCACCCAUGCAACCUUUAGCGGUGCUGGGAGUGCUGUCAUGUCACGUGCUACGGCUUACAACAAUGGAAGUGACGAUGUUUCUGUGACUGUCAGCUCCAACGUCACGCUUAACAAUCGUGGAGUCAUCACCAGGACUUAUACGAGUUUGACAGAAGCGGCCAUUGAGAAUGGGGACAGUCGUGUGUUUGGCGGUAUGCACUUCCCCUUCUCCUCCGGCGCCGGAAUCACCCUUGGAAAUGCCGUGGCAUUGAAGACUACGGUGAAUUUUGAUGAGCAUUGAUCUGAUUUCUGAAGAGCUGAUGAGUCUUUCUGUAGUCUGCAGAAAUUGUUGAAGGCGGCUAGUCAUUCUUUGGAACCUUUGAGGGAAUAAUUGAAUGCAAUAUUUGAUUGAUAAUUGAUGACCUCCCUGCUCUCUGUUCCUAACCUACAACACCACUCCCUAAUACACAUACAAAGAAGACCAAAAUCCAGAACGCCAUAACACCGUUUCAAUACCUCUCAGAGUUGAGGAAUGCAGGGAUCCAAGAGUCAUUGUCCAUAAACUGUGAAAAGUCAGUUACAACC